AUGGAUACCAUGGUUGCGGAUUACAUGGAGGAUUCUAACAGGAUCACAAUAGAUGAUCACAAGUACUAUCCUCGCAUUAGGAGGGAUUCUAUUGCACACUUGCAAGGUGUUGGCGGUGUGAGCUGGGGUUCUCUCAGCAUCGGUUCCUGGCUGAGGGAUGAAGUCAUGCUGCACACGGCUUUCAACAAACCCAGCCAGGGUUCUAGGAGGGAAAGCAUCAACUUGAUGCACCCAAUCUCCAUGUCUAGCGGGAGGAGGUCUUCGGUGCUGCAUCCGCACCACAUGAAGGCGGGCUCUCCCCCAGUGUCAUACAACGCUAUCUUACCCAACCUCGAGGAACAGUACUGUAAAGAUUACUCUUGCUGCGGUAUCUCCUUGCCGGGCUUGCAUGACUUGCUGAAACAUUAUGAAGAUGCUCACAUAGAGCCAUCCCACUCCACCCACAAACACAAACAUGGCACAUUGGCCCCCGUUAACGGGACAGUUGGAAGUCAGCUGGCUACUUCUUCAACAAACAAUGACCUGAACACCCCUCAACACAUGAACAUAAUACGGCAACAGCUGAACCAUGACAACUUACAUGAACACCAGGUAUACACAGACAGGCAAAUGCGCUCUAACUCUAACGCUGCUUUAGGUCAGCAAUACAUGGGUCAUGUGCCUCAUUCAACCGUCUCUGAAUCACCAUCUCCUACAUCCUCCCAACUCACAUCAACACAGACUACUCCACUAGUUGGCAAAAAUACUGCACUGUCAGCUGUUCACACCACGCCUUCGUUCGGACAGUCAGGGCACCGCAUGCGAAACAACGGCAACCUGAUAGACUCCGUGCCUACUAAUGAUGUCUUCAUGAACAUCAUGAACCAAAACAACGAUUCAAAAACAGUACCUCCUGAUUUUCAAAACCACACGAUCUCGUUCUCCAAUUAUAACAUCAACUUCUCCGAGAACAUCGCUAAACCAAGUAAUAUAAUGCCAAAGCCACUUGACAACUCUCAAAUGAAUGAUCCUCUCGAGAACAACACCAGACCAGAUAUUCUAAACACUUCACAGACGAAAUCAGGCAUAUCUCAAGUGUUCGCUGCCAGUCAUGCUGCUCCAGAUCAACUAAGCAGGUCUAAUACGGAUGAAAAUGGAAAUCUGAAUGAUGGUAGAAAUGUUAACACCUCAAAAGAAACCCAAACGGUGCCAAUUGGCAUGAAAAAUAAUUCUAGCGGUCAACCUAGUGCAACCAAGAAGUUCCAAUCAGCGCCAAAGAUCAACGCAAACAUCAAGACAGAUCACCCAGGAAUAAAGAACGCUGGGCUACUUACAAGCCAAUCUAUUGAUCCGGCUAGAAGGGUGUUUUACGAAAAUGAUGAAAAUAAACCAUUUAAAUGUCCUGUACUGGGCUGCGGUAAAACCUAUAAAAAUCAAAACGGCUUAAAAUAUCACAGACUUCAUGGUCAUCAGAAUCAAACAUUAAUUGAGAAUCCCGAUGGAACUUACAGUGUUGUUGAUCCUGAAUCCAACGAAAUAUAUUUAGAGAAUUUACAAGAUAUCAAGGAUAAACCUUAUAGAUGUGAUACAUGUGGUAAACGUUAUAAAAACUUAAAUGGUCUGAAAUAUCAUCGUGGCCAUUCUACACAUUGA